UCAAGAAUGCCCUCGUCGCAUGUCUCAACGCCCCAAGUGUGUCGACCACAUUUUCAUGCACCAUUACCGUGGUCUUUAAGUGAUCCACCUAAGCCAUUAACAUCGGGAAGUGCUUGGGGAUCACCUUUCGCUUGCCCACAAGAUCCGCAAGAUAGCAAACUCGUUGGACAACUUCAGAAUAGUCAAAGUGGUAGUGGACAACAUCUAUUCUCGUUUCCACCAACUCCACCAAAAGAUUCAACCCCUGACUCAGUACAAACCGGACCAACCGCCGACUACCAAGCCGCUGUUAAUGUUUUUAUGCAUCAAGCUCAAGCAUCCUCAAAUAGCCAAUUGAAUGGAACUGAUACAAGUUCAAGUUGUGGUCUCGAUGUGAAGCCUUGCUUAUCAGGAUCGGGGAAUAGUGGUGGUCAAUCGCAACAACCUCCAAAACAGCGUGAAGGUACGCACCAAUCACAAAGUACUAAUAGUCAAAAUAGUAGCAGUAAUAAUAGCAAUACAAAUAGUCAAAGUCUAAAUAACCAUUCAAAUGCAUCGUCAGUACACAAUGGAAGUGCAGGUAACAACACCACAACUGCACAUCAUCAACAACAUAGUGCAUUGAAUGGUAGUCUUUUUGAUUCAACACAUCAAACAUCAUCGUACGGUGCCUACGAAAGUGGUUAUCUCGGAUAUCCACAAUCUACUAACAGCGUCUUUCAAUCCAACAUUCGUUCGUCGGGAAUGAAUAGCAAUAGUCCAUCAUCCAACCACAAACCACAACGAACAAAAGCGAGAACAAGUGCUGAAGGUAGAGAAUGUGUAAAUUGUGGAGCAACUUCAACGCCACUGUGGAGAAGAGAUGGAACUGGUCAUUACUUGUGCAAUGCCUGUGGAUUAUAUUAUAAGAUGAAUGGACAGAAUCGUCCGCUUAUCAAACCGAAACGAAGACUUGUAAGUAUUCUAAUUCUUUCAUUUCAAACUCGUUAA